CAUUUAGCUAUCGUCAAACGUGCACAGGGUACACUCUCACCCAUGUCUCUCGAUCAGGACUUUGAAGCCGCAGCCGAGGCUAUCAAACAUAUUUCGCAACGACCAACGGACGAAGAACUUUUAGAACUUUACGGACUUUUCAAACAGGCCACGGUCGGAGACGUCAAUACAGCUAGACCAGGAAUGUUGGAUUUGAAAGGAAAGGCAAAAUGGGACUUUUGGAAUAAAAGGAAGGGCAUGGCCAAAGAAGAUGCGAUGAACCAAUACAUCGCUCUUGUCGAUAAACUUAUCGAAAAGUACAAGUGAUAAUAGUGAUAACAAUUUUUUUUUGGAUAGUAGAAAAUAGUAUAUACCAUAAAUUAUUGAACUUUUGCUCAAUGAUAGUAUAUUUUGAAGUUGGAACUGUUAAAACUUUACC